AUGGCGAACUUAGUUCGCGAAUCAGAGAGCGAGGACAGCGAAGGUUCCUCGUCCGCAAGGUCUAAGCGCUCUCUCCUCGGCUCCUACUCCUCAGGCCACAGUCACCAUGAGUUGCAUUCGGGGAGUCCCAGCUUCUCUUCUCCAAUCACUGUCUCCGGAGGCAACGGUGCUUCCUUCUCCAGCUUCCAGGGAUUCGGAUCUUCAAGUAACGGACUGGGUUCAUCGCUGGUAGGAUCCAAUGGUGGCUUGUCAUCUGGAUUCCAAGGCUUUGGAAGCUCCCUCGACUCAGGAUUCGGUUCAUCCCAAGGUUUCGGUGGGUCUUCUGGGAGCUUCGGAGCUUCAGGAUUCGGUGGGUCUUCUGGAAGCUUCGGAGCUUCAGGAUUCGGUGGCUCUUCCGGCAGCUUUGAAAGUUCAGGAUUUGGCAGUUCUUCCGGCAGCUUUGGAAGUUCAGGAUUUGGCAGUUCUUCCGGAAGCUUUGGCGCCUCAGGAUUCGGCGGCUCGGUCCAACCAGGAAUCCUUGUGGGAUCAGGAAGACUGGUAGGCGUCAGUGGAGCAGGAAGUUCCUUUGGAUCCGGAGCGGCGGGCGUGGGUUCCUCAUUCGGUUCGGGAAGUUCUUUGGGCUCUGGCUCAGUGGGAUUCGGCUCUUCGUUCCAGUCAGGUAAUGGCGCAGGAUUCGGCUCUUCAUUCCAGAAUGGGAAUGGCGCAGGGUUCGGCUCUUCAUUCCAGAAUGGGAAUGGCGCAGGGUUCGGCUCUUCAUUCCAGAACGGGAAUGGCGCAGGGUUCGGUUCUUCGUUCCAAUCAGGAAAUGGCGCAGGAUUCGGAUCUUCAUUCAGUUCCGGAAGCUCCGUGGGAUCCGGAGCCUUCUCAGGCUUUUCGGGAUCCGGACUGAGCUCUUCCAACGGCGCACACAUAAAAUUAUUUACAUCUCCCAAUGCUAUUUUGUUUUACCCAAGUGGUGGAAAUUCCUCGUGUCCAAGAAGUAUUCAUAAGGAUCACGAGAACAUCUUAUUGGCUGCUACACAGGGAUCCAAGGACCCCAGGAUAACAACCCCUGAUCUAGAGUAA